UACGUUUUUGUUUCAAAGUCAAGGAAGGCAGGCAUGGCGCAAGAGGUUGUAGGCGGCCAGUUUUGCAGGGCGGAGCGAGAUCAGCAUCUGGUGUACGCAGAGCAUUGUUUGAGCAGCCACAAUGUGAAGGAUGUCUCCACGGGCAAUCUCGUAUUCAAGGUGAAACACCCCACUUUCGGCAAAGCGGACAUUCUUGUCAAGGAUCGAAACUCCGCCACGGUUCUCCGCCUCUGCCAGAAGAUAUGGCACCUCCACGCGACCUGGCAAGUCUUUCCGGGAGACAAAUCCAGCGAGAUGCUCUUCCUCGUCAAGGAGUCAUCGCUGCUCGAAUUCAAUCUUUCCAUGCAUGUUUUCCUCGGCCCAAAUAAGUCCCCGAAGGAGCAUCCAGAUUUCAAGAUCAAGCCAAGCUGUGGCUGCUGCUUAUUGGGAGGACAUGACAUACAUGUCAACGCAGGGACAGACUCCGCGUUUGUGCUGUCCUUGUUUUUGAUUGUCCAUGCCAAAGAUCAAGAAAUCGCGGACACCAUGGAGCAGGUAAUGGCGACUGUAAGAUGACGAUACAUUGUAAAACCGUGAAAGCAUCCAUGAACAUCUAAAGUAGGACGCUAUCAAGUUCAAAGUAGCAAUUUGUGCGAAAGACUCGAUUAGCUUCCAUCUAUACAAAGCGAAAGAAUUCUCUA